GUUUUUCGUUCCUCUUAUUAGGAAAUAGUGGAUUGGUUCAAUGCCAUUCGUGCUGCACGCUUUCAUUACUUACAAGUGGCAUUCCCUGGAGCCAGCGACGCUGAUCUGGUGCCAAAGCUCUCUAGAAACUACCUGAAGGAGGGGUACAUGGAGAAAACAGGGCCCAAGCAAACAGAAGGAUUCAAGAAGCGAUGGUUCACCAUGGAUGACCGAAGGCUCAUGUAUUUCAAGGAUCCCCUGGAUGCCUUUGCGAGAGGAGAAGUGUUCAUUGGGAGCAAGGAAAACAGCUACAAAGUCCUGGAAGGGCUCCCGCCAUCCACGCAGGGAAAUCACUGGCAGCAUGGCAUCACCAUCGUCACCCCUGACAGGAAAUUCCUCUUUGCCUGCGAGACGGAGGACGACCAGCUGGAGUGGAUUACCACCUUCCAGAAAGUUAUCAGCAGGCCAAUGCUGCCUCAGGAAUACGCAGUGGAAGCCCAUUUCAAGCAUAAACCUUAGAUGGGACUGGCUGGGCAGACCUGAGAAAUGAGCUUCUGUUUACAACACAACAUGGUUUUAUUUGAAAUGUUAAAAAAUAAUUAUUAAUAAUAAUAACAGUAAUAAUAAUAAUAAUACUUCCCUUUCCCCUCAUCGUUCACUUGAUCAUGUCGGAGGCCAAGAAGGGCAGCAGCGAAACAUGGGAGAAGACAUUGAUCCAAUCCAGAACUCAUUUCUGCUCCUCCUGCACCUUGUGCCCAUGUGUCUCCUGCAGGUAGGGCACUGUGCUGCUGGAAGGGUCCCCUGCCCUGUGGUGAAGAGUCUCGGGGACAAAUCUCUUGGGGACGGGACACUCUUUGGACAAUGUGGUCUGUGGUGCAAAACCCACACAGGUUCCUUGUGGAAAGUGAUGGCUGUUCUGGGGGAUGUGAGCAUGCGGCCCAUCCCAGCGCCCUGCCCAUGAUGCUGCAGCAGCUGGCUGCUGGGGCUGGUGCUUUUCCUCCUCCAUGGCUCAUUGCCUCAGCUCACAGGGGAUACGGAUUUGGCCCGAAGCCUCCUGUGCUCUGGUGACAGAGAUCCCCUUGCCUCACCCCACCGGGCUCAGCCCACGGCCCUGCUGCUCUGGGGGCACUGCCUGCUGCCCCUGCUGCCCACCAGCUGUUUCCAGGGGAGAGCGAGCCCCUGAGAUGCUGACACCUAAAAAUAAGAGGAGAGAAACCGUUGUCUUUAAAUGUAGGAAUCUGCAGCUGAACUGGUGGGGGUGUUUGGAGAUGACCGAAAUGUGUCCUUGCCUCUGUCCUCUGCACUCCCUAAAACUCAAAGGAGGAGAAGCGCUGAGAGCAGCUUAAAACAGCUCCUGGUACGAAGCCCAUCACCGUGUGACUCCCCAUGGACAGUGGUUCCUGUGCAGUGCCCUGGCCAUUGCCAGCCCUCCAUCCCAUGGGUGCCCACACCGUGCCUGCUUCUGCCUUCCCAAAGGGGAGCAGGGAGUGACACUCAUCCCAGCUGAGGCCUCUGUCCUCGGGACCACUGCUCUCAUGGUGUCGUGCUGGUGGAUGGAGCUGGCUGUGAGGGCUGUGCUGGUGCCUGCAGGGCAGUGUGAGCAGGAUGCAGCUGUUGGGCACUUGUGUCUCCCGAUGUCUGCGUGUUGCUGAAUGACCGAUCCUCCCGGUGUCGUAGAGGUAAAUGAUAAAUAGAUGACGUCAGUGUGGGUGAGCAUCACAUCUCCCGGGUGGUGGCAGUGCUGUCUCUAGGCCGAUUCCGAGCAGGGUGUAGAAAUUCAGAUAUCUGUGUCGUUGGCCUCGUUAGCUGCUUACCAAAGUGCACAGCCUGGCAGUGCCCGCUGCCGGGUACCGUGGGUGGCUGUGGGGCCGGGGCUGAGCAGCAGGCUGGGCUGUGCCCACCUGUGCCCCUGCUGCCCUUGGCGCAGUCCUCUGUAAUCCGGUUGGUGCACUUUGUUUUCCAAUAAUUCUCUUAAUUAUUUUUUUUUUAUGUUUUUAUUUUUUUUUUCCUGCGAAGAAUACAAAAGCUGCUUGAAGUGACAUUUCAGCGCUGUGUUGAGCACUGUAACUGCUGGGGCGGGGGCUCAGGCCCUGCUGUCAGUGUUUGUAACCGAACCCCUCGUGGGCCGUGUCUGUCUGUAAUGUCACUGGUAAGAACUGUGGUACUACAUGUCAUUCGCACCAAUAAACGCUGAUGUCGGACGGG